GCAGUUGGGAAUUAAGGUGAUCUACAGGCACGGCAGGAUACAGUUCGCAUCGUGUUUUGCUUUUGUCUGUUUCUUGGAUUUUACUUUUCCUCUGAAUCCAUCGCUUUUCAAAGGAGCGGCCUUAAUUUUAGUUACCAUUCUUAUUUUUUUACUGAGUUCAGACAAGAAAAAGACCCUUACCAUCUCUCUCUCCGAUGUUUACCUCAGCCCGUUGCUGGUACUUUCUGCACGCAGUUGAGACGGGAUUACUGGAACUUCGCAACUGAAGACGGUUUCGACGUUGAUGUGGCUUCACGUCCGCCUACUCUAUCGAUACUGAUUGUAGCUGCUUUACAGUAUAACUGCGCUCUUCUAAGUGGAUUUAUUAUUAUGAAAGGGAUUUUUUAUCUAGCCUGAAAAGAAUACACCUGUAGCGGUAUUAGAAAACACAAAAGGUCAGAUAUAGAAACCGCAGAACGGUACGGACAAGACGUAAGCCUCCGGUGGACGAGAUUUACAGUAAAUCCCUUUUAUUUGCGAGUGGGGAUCGUUGGAUACUAAGUUCAGUUGAGUGGAUUAUUAACUUGUUCCCGAGAUGACAGAGAAGGAAGGUGGCCCUGGGAUGCGCUGCCUGACCCCCGCCAAAAUCACCGCCCUCACCCUGAGCAUCCUGCUGCUGCUGGGGGGGAUCGCAGCUGCCGUCUGGGCUGUUGUGACUUUUCUGAUGAAGACGGAAGAUCCAAGGUUGUAUGAUGUCCAGAUCAAUCCGGCUGACCUGCGCCUCUCCGUGUUCGAUCGCUCCGAUGGCCGCUGGAAAUUCGUCUGCUCCUCCAGCUCAGAUGAGCUUGUGGCCAGGAUAAGCUGUGAAGAGAUGGGGUUCAUCAGGUCCCUUGGUUAUUCUGUGCAUCCGUUCAGCUCUGUCUCGGGCAACACUUCAGAAGGAUUCUUCUGCGUGGAUGAGAAACAGCUGGAGUUUGGAAAAAAAAUCAAGGAGGUCCUCUCUGCCUGUGACUGCGAGAAUGGUCGGAUCCUCAGUGUCAAUUGUCAAGACUGCGGGCGUCGGAAGCUGACAGUGGACCGGAUCGUGGGCGGGGAGGACUCCAGCCUGGGGAAAUGGCCCUGGCAGGUCAGCCUGCGCUAUGACGGCAGCCACCUGUGUGGGGGGUCCAUCAUCUCCAACCGCUGGAUCGUCACAGCAGCGCACUGCUUCCCUGAGAGGAACCGCCUCCUCGACAGGUGGCAGGUGUUCAUGGGCUCCAUCCACAUGAGUUCCCGGGGGCUGGUCCAGUCCGUCCAGACUGUCGUCUACCACUCGGGGUACCAGCCCUUCAUCGACCCCAACGUUGAUGACAACAGCAAUGACAUCGCUGUCAUCGCCCUCUCCGCGCCUCUGACCUUCUCGGACUAUAUUCAGCCGGUGUGUCUGCCAGCUCUCAGUCAGUCUCUGAUUGAUGGGAAAGUCUGCAUGGUUACGGGCUGGGGCAACAUCAAAUACUACGGCCAGCCGUCUGACAUCCUGCAGGAAGCCAGCAUACCGGUCAUCAGCGACAGCACCUGUAACAGUGAGGAUUACUACAGCAACCAGAUCACCAGCAGCAUGUUCUGCGCGGGAUUCUCCGAGGGCGGAAUUGAUGCCUGCCAGGGGGACAGCGGAGGGCCGUUCGUGUGUGAGGACUCCAUAUCCAAGACCAGCAGGUGGCGCCUGUGUGGGGUAGUGAGCUGGGGUACAGGCUGCGCCCUGCCCCAGAAACCAGGGGUCUAUACCAAGGUCAACCACUUCCUGCCCUGGAUCUCGACUGCCAUGAGGACCUACGACCAGAAGCCGGGAGUGUACAGCAUGGGCUAGCCAUCCUCAACCCUGUUCACCAAAAGACCUCUUCUCGUUUUCACGGCAGGGACAUCGAACUGACAGAAUCGCCCCAUCCCUGCCCUGUCCUCUCCAUCCCCAUCUCUUCAGCCACAUCCACCUGCCACCCCCACUCUAAUCACCUGGAGUUUCAACCCUCAGUUGCUGACUGGCCAACAGACAAUUGGAGGAAAUGGCUGGGGUCUGACCAUGAGCACAUGCGCACACAAGCUCAAACUGAGCAGGAAAAGAUUAAAGGAAGAUUAGAAACUGUGAUUAUCUGACCACCACAAAUGAGAGGACUCUGUGGUUAAUUUUAAUUGCAGUUUUUAUCUGUUGAAGCUAUUCUUAACUACUAGGAUGAACUAGGUCCCCAUAUUUCAUCGUUUGUGAUCACUACGAUCACAUUGUAGCAAUGGAAUCGAUUCUGAAGCCAAAAGGUGCUAGAAGGAGGGGAGUCAUUUGAAGGUGACACAUGAAUCUCCAUCAGCCUACAAAACAGUAAUGUGUCCUUACAAGCCAGUCACACCCUUUUGUUUAUUUAGUAGGUAUUUGCUUUGCCAUAAAGCUAAUCCCGUUAAUGGAGGAGUGUCUGUAGACUGUAUUCUUGUAUUAUUUUUCCAUCCUUAACUAUUUAGAUUUAUAAAUAUUGAUAGUGAUGCUAUGAGAUAUUGUGAUGUGAAGGUUUGAGAAAAGAGUUCUCAAAGCGAAUGCCAGAUCAUGCACAAGGGGAAGCUAUUUAAUGUUGCACAAUGGUGAAAAGCCGUAGAAUCAAGGUCUUGAACUCGUGAAAUGCAAAAAUACGUCCCCCCAUUGACUAAUUUGCUCUCACUACAUCGAGGUAAUUUUUUUCUUUUUUUUUAGUGUUUCCCGUGCUAAAUUGCUACUCCUUGCAGCGUUUUGAGAACUUGUACAACAGUUGUACUUUAAGGGAAAAGUUGCUCAUUGCAAGCAAUAAAAAGACAACUUAAGGUGAGGUGUAGGCAAUGCAUUAGAGUACACACUACAAAAAGUGUGGACAAUACAAAUUGCUUUAAAUUAUUGCUCAUAGCUCUACUGAGCUUUUUUUAAUAAAAUUAUUCUGUAAAUCGCUUUUAAUCUCAGCGCUUACCUCUCUGUUAAUUAGACAGAGUUUGCCUUGUCUCUGAUUGUGCAGGAGUGUGUAUAUGUGCACACUAGUGUGCGGGUGUGGAAAAGGGGGCCAGGUGAUGAAGCGAUGUAAGAUGUGUGAAAGCUGCUACUGUGAUAGUCUUGCCUUUAAAUUAUUAUGUAUUCAUUUUAUUAGCUUCCUUAAAUCUGUUCUGCUGUUGAGCCGUACUGCAUGGGAGCUGUGUCAUUCUUUCUUUCUUUACUCUUGCCUCUCGGCACUGAGGCGUGUAAGUGUCCCAGGGUAUGUGCACUGAGAGCACAGGACCUCCAUUCUGCUGUGGGGGAGGCCCCACCCAGCAAUGCUGGGAUCCUUUUAUACAUUGGAUUCAAGAAAAGAGUGCCUUAAGCAAGGAGAGUCCAGUCUGAGGUGAUGAGUUUACCAAACGAAGCUCAGAACAGCCUUGCAUCGGAGACCUGAAAUGCUGUUAAAGUUCUGUCCCUCGAAACCAUGUAAAACCACUAUAAUGGACAACAGAAAUUAUUUUCCAAGAACAGUAUGCUAAUAUUGCUCUGUGGUUUAAAAUCUAUCCAUUUUGGUUUAGUAAUUGUUAACUGGGAAAGUAGACAGAGGCUGUCCCUGCUUCUACUUUAAAGACUCGCUGCAACUCUGCAAAUGUGAAUGGUGACGGUUUCAUGGCAAGAAGUGCUGUGUCACUGCCACUCUGGCCCUGGGUUCGAUUUCAGCAGGGGGCCUCUUCUGUGUUUCCUUAGUGUGCUUGUUCUCCCUGUGUUCUCGAGGUGCUCCGGUUUCCUCCUACAAUCCAAAGGCAAGUUGUUUGGAUGAACUGGCGUCUUGAUUGAGCUGUGCAAGUGUGCGGGCUGAUGGGCUGAGGGUGUAUCCUGCCUUGUGCUCUCUGUCUGAUGGGGUUGCUAGUAUUAGCCUGAGCAGUUAUUGAAAAUACCUGAUGAUGUCAAGAUGGCUCAGUGGCAUGGUGGUAGCAGUGUUGCUUUGCAGUAGGAGAACAUUUUGAUUCCACACUGUGUGGGCUUUGAUGGCCACCCCACAUGCCCACACUGGCCAUGCGGUGGACUGGUGUCCUGCCCAGGGAGCAGGUCUACCUAGCGCCUGCAUUUCCAUUAUAGGCAAUAGGUUGCCAUGACUCUUACCAGGAUCAAGCAACUUUCCGAUAAGGAAUGGAUGAAAAUGAGAAGGUAGCAUAUGGAGAAUGUUUUGUCCAAAGAUGUGAUGCAUGUAGCACUUAUUUUUUCAUUCUUAUUAUUUGAAAUGGUUGAUAAUUAAGCUUCUCCCAGAGCGAAUGAUAUACUGUAUCAUGGAGAGCAGACAAUGGGUUGCUCAUUGCUUGUCCAGAUCUUGGAAGGGUGGUGUUCUAAGAACUGUGUCAGAGCUACUUUUUGGAAGUUGUCAGUAAACUGGCUCCACCAGCGUUGUGGGUCAGUGCUCUGCAUACUCAAGAGCCAGAGGUAUACAGUUCCUCCCCUUUCUGAGACCUGAAGCUCCUGCUCUUCCAUUUGUGAUCUUCCAAACGUUCUCCGCCACAUCUCAUCCAGAUGCCUAUCGAGCUGGCAGAGCCUGCGGCUGUGUCCAUCUGUAGAUCAUGCUACUGUAAUGCUGUGUGUCUGACUAUGCUGCAACCCUCUGGCCUUGUUUGCCUUGAAAUGCUAAAAAAGCUGCACUUUGGCCCCCUUGACUUGCCAAGCAGCUGUCUGAAUUAUGGUUCGCUUUAUGUGUAAUCCACUUAACUUAGAACACAGAAUCUCAUCUAGGCUAUUGCAGACAUAGGAAAUUAUUAAUGCAGAAAAAUUAUUGUUUCAAAGUAAUGGUAUUGCUCCUGCUUUUCUUACUGUCCACCACACAUGCAGUAGCCUCUCAAGUACACUUGCCAGAAAAGGCCGAGCCAAAGGGGGUGUGUUGGAAGGAGCUGUAUCGCCGGAGCCCAGUGCCAGGCCAGUCUCCUCUCCAGAGCGCUUCCUGAAAGACCCCAAAGCUCUUGUGACACGAACAGGUCCUGCUGUACCUUAGAAAAGCCUAGAAUCACAGUGUCUGUAACAAGAAGAGAAAACCAACUGGAAAUGCAGGCAGUAUAAACCGUACCUUCAAAGAGCAUGUUUUGCACACUGGUUCUUUUUGUCAAUAGAUAUUGGUAUUAUUCUUUGUAUCUUUUUAUUCUUUCUUGUAUAUAUUUGAAAUGCAAAGGGCCUCCUUCUGUUUGGUUUAAAUUUUGAUGUCUUGGGCAGCCUUUUAGUGUGGUUCCCGCAGCUUCACUCUCCAGGGCUCAUAAGAACUUUGCUUUCACAUGCACAGAUUUGGAACAGUGAGUUACUGUAUAUGUAUGGUGAAUUUGUUUGUUUAUUCAAGGGGAUUGUAAUGUCCCAACAAGCAGAACAUUUUUGUAAGCUUGCUUAUUGUAUUCAUUUUUUUGUUGUUGUUUGGACACUUGCUUCCUUCCAACUUUUGUCAAAAAUGUACAGUUUGCCCAGUUUUUAAGACAACCAGAUCAUGGGCAUAGACACCUAUGUAGAGCUGAUCAAGCAGAGCUGAAGGAAUAGUGCAUGAGGCUGAGAGAACAUUGACCCAAACUGAAAGAGGCCCCCUGUAGACGCUCAGUCCUGUGGUCAUGCUACUGUGAUAUCAUCCUUUUUAGAAUGUAAUAAUUUUUCUGUUUUCUCAUUAUGCAUACCUUGUAACCGUGUUUGUUUUUAUUUGUAAUAUUGGUGAAUCUUUAAACUCAAAAUUGUUCAACAGGA